CUCAGCUGUGCUUAAUUAUACAAGUGUUUAUUCAUAAUACAUAAACACGUAUAUACAUACAUAUAUUAUACAUCUGUUUGUAAUACGAUUAUUAAAUCAAAAUGGCUAUAUUAAAAAUGCUGAAGCGUACCCUGUGCAGAAACAUUGCAACAAGCGGAUCGAGAUUCGUGGGCAUCAUAGGACCCUUAACAAUUCCACCACUGCAGAUUGCAAUUUUAUAUUAUUUCUGGCAGGAUUAUUCGAGGGUCGUGGAUAAGCGGUAUUGCUCCUGCUCGUGCUGGGACACUGUCUUUAAAGGCUCAUACGAAUCCGGCAUCGCUCCUUACAAACACAUGUAUUUUAAUGCUACUUCAAAUAUGUUGAAAAUAUGGAUACUCAUCGUCAUCGGAGUAAUCGUGUUUUACGAAACAAUGAAACAUUUGGCGAAACUGGCCAUCAAACAGAGACUAAGACAGUCUAUGAUGCUCCUCUUUUCAACCGCUCUGUUCUCCAAUUACUACUCAUGGUGGGUCUAUAUUAAUUAUUGGAACGAUGACUUCUACUCUCAGUGGUACCACCAGUUGUUUUUUACAAUUACUGAAUUAAUAUCUACGGCUUGGGUUGUCUCCCUUGCGGAUAAGAAAAAUCCAAUCACACACAGAAAGGCUUUCGGCAUUGCUGCGAUAGCUUUUUUACAUAUCGUGGCUGGUGGGUGGGACCAGUUCUUCGAAAAUGUCGUUAGAGGAGAGGGUCAUGCACACCAGGUCAUACGCGAUUUGGGCUUUAUGAUACCGGAUAUUCUCCAAGUCAUCAUUCCAUUAUGGCUGAUUAAACGGGAAAGUAUUUACAAUAUCCAUCUUCCUAACUCAUUAGCGUAUAUGUCAAGUAUUGUGGUGAUCGGAUUGUGCAUUUGGUCGUUUCUGUUGUAACGAUAUCAUUAAGAAUAGCAUAAUAAUGUGCAAUGAGCGGCAACAAAGUGAUUGAAAAAUCAACAAUAUUAUCGUGUCUCUGGAGCUCUACUACUUUUGGUCCUCUCGGUAUGAGUACAGCUGACCUAAGGAAAAUCAAUACGGGUUGAUAGACUGAGUUUCACUCGAGCUGCCAUUAUGUUUCCGCUGAGGCUCUGUAUUUUCCCGCACAAUAAAAUUAUGAUGAAAUCACACGAUGCUCAAUUUCUUGAAUGAUAAGCAUGCAUGUAUACUUAUCAUUCAAGAAAUUGAGCAUCGUGCACUGAAAGAGAAGGUUGGCUGAAUAUGGCAUAGCAUUCUUAAUUGCAGCAGCUAAAUUUUGGUUGCAUUAGCUCAUCGAAAUCCUGUAUUAACAUUGCAGAUAGACUAAAGCAAC